AUGGACUACGAAGUGGGAACAAAGGCCAUCUCGCUGUGCCAGCAGUCUGUGCUGACGGACACGAUCCAUCCUGACCAGACGUACACGGUGCCCGGACCUUCCAUCUUCGACAACCUUGGAUCAUGGAAUGGCCAAAACUUCUGCAUUCUGGAUGAGCAGAGAUUUGCGAAGGAGCUCCUUCCUAAAUACUUCAAACACAACAACCUCUCAAGCUUCAUACGUCAACUCAACAUGUAUGGAUUCAGGAAGGUGAUUGCACUGGAGAAUGGCAUGAUUAUGGCAGAGAAGAGCUCAGUCAUUGAGUUCCAGCAUCCUUACUUCAAACAAGGGAAAGCACACUUACUAGAAAACAUCAAACGCAAGGCAUCUUCAAUGAGAACAGAGGAUCUCAAAGUCUGUUUGGAAGAUUUGCAUAAGGUGCUUUCUGAAGUUCAAGAAAUGAGAGAGCAACAGAAUAGCAUGGAUGUCAGACUGGCUAAUAUGAAGAGAGAAAAUAAGGCCUUGUGGAAGGAAGUGGCAGUUCUAAGGCAGAAGCACAGUCAACAACAGAAGCUGCUGUCUAAGAUCCUACAAUUUAUCCUAAGUUUGAUGAGAGGAAAUUAUAUUGUGGGAGUGAAGAGGAAAAGGUCUUUGACAGAUGCUUCAGGUGCUUCACCUUCCAAAUACAGCUGUCAGUAUGUUCGCAUACCUGUGGAGAAUGGUGAAACAGUAGCUAUUUCUGGACAUACCUCAGACAGUGAGGAUGAGAAUGGUAUGGGCAUCAUCAUUCGAGAUGUCACCAACACUCUGGACAGUGCCACAGAAGGGUUGCUUGCUGUCAUGCAUACGAGUGGAAAUGAUGGAGAGACCCAAGCAGUUCAACAGUCAGACUCAACUGUCCAGGAAGCAUCACCACCUGUUGAGUUGGAUCCUGUGGAACCACAUUAUCCAGUUCAGGUCAUUGACAAUGGCCGCAAAUCUUGUGAAAUAGAAAAGGAUGUGGUAGAGUUGUAUGCUCCACAGACUAAUUCUCCAGAAGACCCUGCAUCCAUGAUAGAGUCUAUCUUGAAUGAGAAUAGCUCUGCAACCCAAAACGAUAGUCUGUUGGACAGGGACGAGAUUCAGGAUUUCCUGAAUUGUAUCGAUGCCAGCCUUGAGGAGCUCCAAGCAAUGCUGUCUGGGAAGAAAUUUAAUUUUGACUCUGAAUCAUAUAGUGACACCCCCAAUGCAGAACUUCCAGGCUUGGAUGUGAAUUUGAUGGAUGCUUCCUCCAGUGCAGAGAAUGUAAGUGGUGGGGAAAGAUUGAUGAGGUGAUGAACACAAGGGAUGAAUCUUAUCUGACUGGCAGUUAAUAAGGCAGUUUAUACAUUUGUUUCUUCCUUUGGUGGAAAGGCACAAAUAAAACUACUUGAGGCACAAAAUGAAAACAUUGCUCUAAUUGGUUUCACUAUGCCGAGUGAGUAACGAUUAGAAAUGAUGAAAAUCAUGAACUUGAAAUCAAACCAGAUCUGUUUUUUAAAUUCUCAGGUGUUUGUACUCUACAUAAACACUUUGUAAUGCCUGUUAUAUGCCUUGUUAAUGUAGUGUAUUUGAAAAAUGUUGAGCUUCUAUUUAUUAGGCCUGUGUGAAGUGGCU